AUGAAACGACAGGUUAGGAUAGGAUGCUACAGCCGCCAGCUUGUCGAGGCCGAGGAUGCUCAGCUCGACUACCUUGUGGCGGAUUACCUAGCAGGUGACCAUGGGCCUCCUCGCCCGCGCCUCCAACGCCCCUCCCCGGCCGGGCUCCACCAAAAGGCCCCCGGCUACAUCAAAGAGUUCGCCACCUUUGUCCUGGAGCCCCUCCUCCCCCAGAUCCUCCAAAAGAAGAUCAAGGUCGUCACCAACGCCGGCGGCCUCGAUCCCGUCCGCGUGGCCGCCGUGUACGGCGAUAACAUCGUCGCCCGCAAGGACGAGCUCCUGCGCGAGGGCGCCUUUUCCGCCUUUAACCCUCUCAACGCCGGCGCCGGCGACGAAGAGAUGCUCGGCGCCGCAGGGGAGCACGCCAUCCUCAGCCUAAACGCCUACACCGGCGCCGAACCCGUGACCAAGGCCCUGCAGGCGGGCGCCAACAUCGUCGUCACCGGCCGCUGCGUCGACAGCGCCCUCGUCCUGGGACCCCUGGCCCACGAGUACGGGUGGGACUACGCGCGGCUCGGCGACCAGGCCACCCUCGACCGCCUCGCCGCCGCCUCGCUGGCCGGCCACAUCGUCGAGUGCGGCGCCCAAGCCACGGGCGGCAACUUUACCGACUGGGAGCUCUCGGCCGGCAGCCCGCACGGCGGCUGGGCCAACAUGGGCUACCCCAUCGUCGCGUUCGAAGAGGACGGCAAGUUCACCGUCACCAAGCCGCGGGCCACAGGCGGCCUGGUGACGCGGCACACGGUGGGCGAGCAGAUGCUCUACGAGGUGCUCGACCCGGAAAACUACAUCCUGCCCGACGUCGUCGUCGACCUCGCCCGCGUCACGCUCGAACAGGUCGCCGAAGACGUGGUCCGCGUCGCCGGCGGGUUCCGCGUUAACGCCGACAUGAUGCUCUUUGGCGCCCGCGCCGCCGACAAGGGCAAGGUGCUCGGCGAGGCCAUUCUCCAGCGCGCCCGCGCCGUCGCCGAGGCCGAACUCCGCGCCGCCGGUAAGACGGAGGAUUUCGUCGGCUUCGAGUCCAAGGUCAUCGUCGUCGGCGCCGAGCACUCGCUGUCCCCUGCUGCAGCGACCGACGCCGCCGCGCGCUCGCGGGAAGUCGUGGUCCGCAUCGUGGCCAAGCACGUCCGCCGACACGUGCUCGACGUGUUGGCGCGCGAGGUCGCUUCGUUCGGCACGAGCAGCGCGCCCGGCAUCGGCAUGUUUAGCAGCGGGCGGCCGAAAAUCUCGCCCAACUUCCUCGCCUCGAGCGUGCUGAUUCGCCGCGGCUUCACGCGCGGCUGCCGAGCCGUGGUGCCGGCGGCCUCGGCGCGAGGCUUGGCUUCGUCGCCCGAGGUGCGGCGCAAGACCGUACUCACCGGCCACGGAACGAGGUGUAGCCUGCUGGACCUGGCCGUGGGGCGCUCGGGAGACAAGGGCGACACGUCCAACGUGGCCUUCAUCUCCCGGAACCCGGCGUUUUACCCGUAUAUACUGGACCAGGUCACGCCCGAGGUGGUGGCCUCCACCCUCGGUGAGCUGCUUCAGCCCGAUAGCGCCGUCACGCGGUACGAGGUGCCGGGUGUGAACGCGGUCAAUUUUGUGCUUACGAGGUCCCUCGGCGGAGGUGGACUUGAUAGCAUGGCGCUGGAUAGGCAAGGAAAGGGAUACGCGCAGCUUUGCCUGGCGUCGAUUGAGCUGGAUAUCCCGCUCGAGGUUCUUAAUCAAGCUAGGCUUUAG